GCGACCAGCGCUUUGUGCGGCUCGCGGAUCUCCGAGUGACUCCAGAAAACCCGAAAGGCCACCAUGGCCUCGAGGCCCAAGCUGCACUACCCCAAUGGAAGAGGCCGCAUGGAAUCCGUGAGAUGGGUUUUAGCUGCCGCUGGAGUUGAGUUUGAUGAAGAAUUUUUGGAAACAAAAGAACAAUUGCAGAAGUUGCAGGAUGGUGACCACCUGCUGUUCCAACAAGUGCCCAUGGUUGAGAUCGACGGGAUGAAGUUGGUGCAGACACGAAGCAUUCUUCACUACAUAGCAGAAAAGCACCAGCUCUUUGGCAGGGAUCUCAAGGAGAGAACCCUGAUUGACAUGUACGUGGAGGGGACACUGGAUCUGUUGGAACUGCUCAUCAUGCAUCCUUUCUUAAAACCAGACGAUCAACAAAAGGAAGUGGCUAACAUGGCCCAGAAGGCUACCAUUAGAUACUUCCCUGUGUUUGAAAAGGUUUUAAGGAGCCAUGGACAAACCUUUCUUGUUGGGAAUCAGCUAAGUCUUGCGGAUGUGAUUCUACUCCAAACCAUUUUGGCUCUAGAAGAGAAGAUUCCUAAUAUCCUGUCUGCAUUUCCUUUCCUACAGGAAUACUCAGUGAAAUUAAGUAAUAUCCCUACAAUUAAGAGAUUCCUUGAGCCUGGCAGCAAGAAAAAGCCCCCUCCUGAUGAAAUCUACCUACGAACUGUCUACAACGUCUUCAUGCUGUAGAGCAACUCAGCUAUGUUUGAGUGGGAGCUUGUUCCUAGAAGUGGUAGUGUCUGCAGUGAUAUCGUACGUGACCCCGGCUCUCUUAGUGCUCUGUGUUAAUUUGGUCUGUAAGUUGGGUCUUUCAUGGCAAGAAGAUCUUCUCUCCUAAAACUAUCAUUAUAAUUUUUUUCACAGUGAGUAAUUAUUAUGGGACAUGUUUUGACAAACCUUUUUGGGGAGGCUGGUGUUUGAGUUAGAUCUGUCGGGUUACUCACUUCCUGUAGUUGACUCAUCCUGAAAAUGAGGGAAUAAUGAUCUCAUGGUCUCUCCUGAGCGUCUUUCUCCUCGGUUCAUUUAACCCCCUCCAGUCUCUUCCCAGUUUCUAGUGCCUAAUAA